GGACCGGACCGGACCAGACCAGACCAGACCGCUGCUGCUGGAGAUUGCAGAAACACGUCUGAGGAGCUUCCUGCUCCGAUCAGGAUUAAGUGUAUCUUUACAAGCGACCUCCGUUAAACGACGAGGUCAAAGUCCAACAUUCCUGCAGGAGGAAACUGGAGCGAUUAAUGGGAAUCCAGAUCCAGACUGGGAGGAGUGGCCAGGUGGGCUAAUGAGGAACAGGUGGAUGUAACUGAGGACAUCUAGUGGCAGAAACGGGAUGAUGCAAAAUUUGUCCUUUUGCAUCGAUAUUUGUGGAGCUGAAACAAUGACUGGGAAGCGUGUCGCCGUGCAGCUCCAGGAUCUGAUCUGAGGAGGAACCUUUAACUCCGAGUCUUCUCUGAAGCGAGCGUCUCCUCCGUUCCCCCCUCCGACUGGAGGCCUGAUUCCAGGAAGGACGUCGUCUUGACUCGCAUCCAGCCGUGCUUUCUGCUUCUUUCUAGCUCUUGAAUUGUGCAGCCGGGUCUGCGGCUCUGCCUGCAGGUCAGACUGUUUUGUUGUUGUGUAAAUGAUCGCCUCUCAGAGGAACUCCUUGCUAGCGGCUCUGGAAGAUGCGAUCUGACAGGUUUAGACUGAAAAGGCCACGGAGGAUCUGCGGCGAUGCGAACUGCACCUACAAACACACCAACCGCCUCUGAUGCCCCGAGGUCACCGGCUGAACCAGAUCCGACCCGACAGCAGGACCGGCGGGUCGAGGGUCGCUCCGACCGGAGGAACACCUGGAAUCACCGCUGAAACAGGCUGCCGUAGUUCCAACAGCAGAGGCUCAGAUUAAAGCGUUAUUGAGCAGAUUAUGAGGGGAAGAGUGAGGAUGAAGAGUGAGGAUGAAGAGUGAGGAUGAAGCAGCGCCGCUGUCGCUGAGCUGGCAGGUUCAUCUGCAGGUUCUGGUUCUGCUCGUCCCGGAUGACAAAAGGAGCGAUGUAGUUUCAGGAUCAUCAAGCUUUACGGUGGCAUUUAGAGAUCGACCGUCACCCAGGAGACACACACACACACACUGUGUGUGUGUUGAAUGUCAGCAGCAGUCGGUGGUCUGGGAUGAACCCGAGGUGACCUGAUCAUGAACUCGACAUCAAUGGUUCUGAUUGGUCGACACCCACUGUGAUGUCACCGUGGUAACCUGUGGGGAUCAAAAUUAUUUUUGUGAUUUUUAAAAUCUAAAUCUCUGUUUUUGUGGCGCUGAAAACUGGAAGAUCUGUUUCCUGUUGGAGCCUCCAGAACCAGCUGGACCGGCAGCCUGGUACCUGAGGGUUCUGCUGGGACAGCUGGACCAAUCAGAGCUCUGAUUAUUAAGAGAGAAGGAGGAGUUCAGAUCCCAGGAGCGUGAGCCGCUGUAAGGAGCUGGACGGUGCCGCCAGGACGCGCCAGGCUCCCAUGUCUCCCUCCGACUUCCUGGACAAACUGAUGGGCAGAACGUCGGGAUACGACGCUCGGAUCCGACCGAACUUUAAAGGUCCUCCGGUCAACGUCUCCUGCAACAUCUUCAUCAACAGCUUCGGCUCCAUCGCUGAGACCACCAUGGACUACCGGGUGAACAUCUUCCUGCGGCAGCAGUGGAACGACCCGCGGCUGGCUUACGCCGAGUAUCCUGACGACUCUCUGGACCUGGACCCGUCCAUGCUGGACUCCAUCUGGAAACCGGACCUGUUCUUCGCCAACGAGAAGGGAGCGCACUUCCACGAGGUCACCACCGACAACAAGCUGCUGCGCAUCUUCAAGAACGGCAACGUGCUCUACUCCAUACGACUGACGCUGACGCUGUCGUGUCCCAUGGACCUGAAGAACUUCCCCAUGGACGUCCAGACCUGCAUCAUGCAGCUGGAGAGCUUCGGCUACACCAUGAACGACCUGAUCUUCGAGUGGCAGGAAAACGGGCCGGUCCAGGUGGCAGAGGGCCUUACGCUGCCGCAGUUCAUCCUGAAGGACGAGUCGGACCUGAGAUACUGCACCAAGCACUACAACACCGGUAAGUUCACCUGCAUCGAGGUCCGGUUCCACCUGGAGCGGCAGAUGGGUUACUACCUGAUCCAGAUGUACAUCCCGUCCCUUCUCAUUGUCAUCCUGUCCUGGGUCUCCUUCUGGAUCAACAUGGACGCCGCGCCGGCCCGUGUGGCGCUCGGCAUCACCACCGUGCUCACCAUGACGACGCAGAGCUCCGGCUCCAGAACCUCGCUGCCCAAGGUGUCCUACGUAAAGGCCAUUGACAUCUGGAUGGCCGUGUGUCUCCUCUUCGUCUUCUCUGCGCUGCUGGAAUACGCCGCCGUAAACUUCGUGUCGAGGCAACACAAGGAGCUGCUGCGCUUCCGGCGCCAACACAAGAGCAAAACCAAGGAAGUGGAGGUCCAGGAGAGCCGGCCGGCGUCCGCGGCUGCGGUGACCUCCACUCCCAGCAGCACCAAGGACACCAAAGUCAACGCCAACAACGCCGUGGGAGCUGUCAGCAUCUCCCAGAAUGCACCUGGAGGAGGAAGGAGCACGGAGGAGAUGAGGAAGCUGUUCAUCGACCGGGCCAAGAAGAUCGACACGGUGUCGAGAGCCGGAUUCCCUCUGGCCUUCCUCUUCUUCAACAUCUUCUACUGGGUCCUCUACAAGAUCCUGAGACACGAAGACGUCCACAAGCCCUGAGGACGAGGAGGACGGCGUGUCCUCAGAGGACGGCGUGUCUUCAGAGGACGGCGUGUCCUCAGAGGACGGCGUGUCCUCAGAGGACGUCGUGUCUUCAGAGGACGGCGUGUCCUCAGGGGACGGCGUGUCCUCAGGAGACGGCGUGUCCUCAGGGGACGGCGUGUCUUCAGAGGACGGCGUGUCUUCAGAGGACGGCGUGUCCUCAGGGGACGGCGUGUCCUUCUGUUUAUAUAUUUUAACUUUUUUUCAUCGUCCGACUUUAACGUCCAAACUCAGGAAGUGACGCUGAAGAUCCACAGGAAGUUUUGAAGACGAGCCAAGAUGGAGUCUGCGACGGACGCAGCAUCUCCCCGUUCCUGUCCUGAUCUGUGACGGACCUCCAGAACCUCCAGAACCACUUCACGGGUUCUGGUACCAUUUCUUUCUCCUCUGUCCUCACUGGUUCUGUUCUGUCCCAAACCUUUUGCACGUUUCUGUCUGCGGCUCCAUCUUUGUUUCUCCUCCUUUGAGCCAAAGCUGAGCCUGAAGGAGGUUCUCACUCCAGAACCAGAACCAGAACCUGGUCCUUAACGGGUUUACACCGCCGUCUUAAACCUUCAAUUAUUUUAUCAUUUUGCAAAUGAUGGAAACAUUUUGUUGUUAAAGUUUAAAUUAUUUAUGACUUUUUAACCUAAAAAUACAAAAACAUUUAUUCACUUUUUAUUCAGUUUAUUUAUUCAGUUCUAUUGAAUUCAGUUGAUUUAUAUGGUAACAAGUCACAACAAAUGUUUCAACGCACUUUAUUUAUUUCAUGUUUAUUUUUGUCUGGGAUAAAAGAGAAAAAAAUUCAGGCAGUAAAAUUGUAAAAAAAAAAAAAAAUUACUUAAAGGAAAAUUUAUCCAAACGUUUCUUUAUUCUGACUUUGUAAAAUGAAGUAAAAUAAAAUAUUUCCCAUUUGUGA